AGUUUUCUCGCGAUUAACCCUCGCCAAGAUAUCCAGAAUAUGAGGAUUCUUAUCCGGACCGGCGCUGUUGUUUCCGUGGGUCGUGUUGAUCGCCAUUCCCUCUUGUAAAAUAGUCAAAGUGCUGUUCGAUUCGCCGUUCGUUCCAAUAAAACUUCGCGCGAUGGGUGUGGCAGCUAUGUAUUCGCAUAGUUUUUUGUAGCAAGAUAAUAGUAUUCUGAGUUGUCGCACCUCGGCAAAUUUGUCAUAAUUUUUGCACCAGCUGCAAGAUGGCUUUAGCAGCAUUUUCCCACCAACACAAGUCCGGCAAACAAAAUGUUGACAAUUCGAAUCCGUUGGUCCCCUAGGAUCGUUCAAGAGCGACCCACAAACGCAACAUGACAAAGACUGUCUUAGAUAGGGCAAUAAGCGGUAAAGAUCGCCCCAAGAUUCGCCAUUUUCGAAAUCCGCUUGCAAUAUAUACCUGCAUGUAGACACAUAAAGUGCCGUGGCAUUCAUAUCGAUACUUUGAUGGAAAUAAUUUGAGUUAAAACCCGCGUUAUCGAGCGUUUUUAGCGAGCAAAUCUUGAUCAAGCCAAGAGAAGCGUCACAUACCAGAAAAAAGCUGUAAAUCGAUGUUUACCGGUGCUAUUGACGUCACGAUCUGAACUUUGACCCAGACGACCCUUGGAAAUAAACAAUGGUCGUGUUUAUUUUGCUACAAAUACUAAUGAAAAUGUAAUCAAUAUUUCAAAUAUAUCUAUUCAUAUCGAUUUUGGACAACUUUGUAGUCCUAAAACGUGAAUUUAGGUAGAUAUAUGCUGUUUAGUUAUUUCAACCGGAAGUGAAUAAAUAUGGCCAGUGUUCACGUUUCAAGAAUCUGUUUGGCCGUUAAAAACAGUGUUAUAUUGUCAAGAUGGCCAGCUAUAUCAAGACGUCAGUGCAGUUCUGUGUCUGCGAUGACAGAUGUCAUAGGAAGAAUAGAAGAAAAGAGGCAACAAGCUUUGUUAGGAGGCGGAAAAUAUAGAAUAGAGGCCCAACAUAAAAGAGGGAAAUUGACUGCACGAGAGAGGGUCAAUUUGCUUUUAGAUCCUGGCUCUUUCAUUGAGUAUGAUAUGUUUGCAGAGCAUAGGUGCUCUGAUUUUGGAAUGGACUCUGAUGACAAAAAGUUUCCAGGAGAUGGUGUGGUUACAGGUCAUGGUCUCAUUAAUGGAAGAAUCACCUACAUCUUCAGUCAGGAUUUUACUGUCCAUGGAGGGUCCCUUUCCAGUGCCCAUGCCCAGAAGAUCUGCAAGGUCAUGGACCAAGCCAUGCAGGUGGGGGCUCCGGUCAUCGGUCUCAACGACUCGGGCGGGGCUCGCAUCCAGGAAGGGGUAGAAUCACUGGCUGGUUAUGCUGACAUAUUCCAGAGGAAUGUGAUGGCCUCCGGCGUUGUACCUCAGAUAUCCCUCAUCAUGGGCCCAUGUGCAGGUGGUGCUGUUUACUCUCCUGCAUUAACUGAUUUUACAUUCAUGGUCAAGGAUACAUCAUAUUUAUUCAUUACGGGACCUGAUGUAGUAAAGGAAGUGACGCAAGAAGAAGUCACCUAUGAACAGCUAGGAGGAGCUAAAACACACACAGCAAUCUCAGGUGUAGCACAUGGUGCCUUUGAGAACGACAUAGAUGCAUUGUCUAGAAUGAGACAACUCUUCAGCUACCUUCCACUAAGCAACAGGGACAGUGCUCCUAUCAUAGAAUGUGAAGAUCCAAGGGAUCGUCUUGUACCAAUCUUAGAUAACCUAGUACCUCUAGAAUCCAACAAACCAUACAGUAUGAAAGAUGUAAUUUUUGCAACGGUUGACAAUAGACAGUUCUUUGAGAUCAUGCCAGCCUAUGCAAAGAACAUCAUAGUCGGCUUUGCCAGGAUGAAUGGACGGACAGUGGGCAUCGUGGGUAAUGAACCCAAGGUCGCAUCAGGUUGCCUCGACAUCAAUUCUUCAGUGAAGGGAGCCCGCUUUGUAAGGUUCUGCGAUGCCUUCAAUAUUCCACUGAUCACAUUUGUUGAUGUUCCAGGAUUUUUACCGGGAACAAGUCAGGAAUACGGUGGUAUUAUCAGACAUGGUGCCAAGCUCCUCUAUGCCUAUGCUGAAGCAACUGUACCAAAGAUCACUGUUAUCACUAGGAAGGCGUAUGGUGGUGCAUAUGACGUGAUGAGUUCAAAGCAUUUACGAGGAGACAUCAACUACGCCUGGCCCACUGCUGAAGUAGCAGUUAUGGGAGCAGCUGGGGCAGUAAAGAUCAUCUUCCGAGAUGGCCAAGAGGCAGCUGAGAGAGAGCGGGAGUACAUUGAUAAGUUUGCUAAUCCUUUCCCUGCUGCCACCAGAGGAUUUGUUGAUGACAUCAUUCCUCCAAAUGUGACCCGGAAGCGAAUCUGCCGUGACCUUGACCUGUUAGCCGGUAAACAGCAGAGCAAUCCACCCAAGAAACAUGCCAACAUGCCCCUCUGAUCCGCAGAAGCUUCUAUUAGCAUUUGUUAGAUAGGGUAAACAAUCAAUGGAACUGAAAUAUAUUGGCAAGUCCAGGAUAUGUGGUCAUUUGGUGAGGUGUCAGUGACCGUGUAUUUUGGAAUUCAGGGGAGCAUUUCAUCAACAUUUUGUUGUCUUUGGUUUUGAUCAGCAUAUUAGAAGCACAGGUGUCUGACUGUUUCUAUGGUAACAAUCUGAUAAAACGGGAGCGUUUCAUCAACAUUUUCGUCUGACAAGUUGUCAAAUCCUGAUUUUGGUUGGCUGAAAAGCACUAUGGUAACUGGGAUAAAACAAGAAAUUGUUGGAUGUGCUAUCCAACAAUUUCUUUCAUAAAAAUGAUACUCUCCUCUGAGCACCUUUUCAUUAAUGAUGAUGUCAGAACUGAUUAAAUUAUCAGCUCCUACAAUUUCAGUGAAAUUCUUGGUUUUGAUUGGCCAAGAAGCACUGGCCUCUGACUGUUACUAUGGCAACCAAGGCAACCAACCUUGUCUUUGCUGACAGGUUUCAUGAAAAAUUGACAUGGGCCCCAUAACACGAAUACUAGUGAUUAAUCAUACGCUUGAUUUUCAUGAUUAAUUAUACAGUGUAGUCAAUGCAAUCAGUUGUAAAGAUAUUCUUCUACGAUGAGCUUGGUGUUACUGGCCCCCUGAACAUACCAAAUGUCGGCUAUAUGUGUGUAUUCGUACAAUCCAUGGUGGUUUCAGUUUUGAAGGGCUGUCGAGUUCUCUGAUAAUUUGCUAAGAUGACUAUAUAUUGCUGCAUUUUGGGGAAUAUGAAAAUAAGAUGAAGGAAUUUCCUUUUGUAUUAUUUGGGAAAAGGGAUGGUGUGGGUUGGUAUAAUGAGCCCAAAAAAAUAUAAUGAGAGGGGGAAAGAAGAUAAAUGAGGGUUUGUAUCAAGGGGGGUGGACAGAAGGAGGACCAGAAAUAGAUAUAAGAUCAAAGUGAAUGGAGAAGGGUGACAAGAACAAAAUUAAGAACCCCCUCCUCCCACUCAGGAGAAAAAUAGGAUAAUAAUAAUGCUUAUGUUGAUGAAAAAAAGAAACAUUCAAAAAUGCAAACUCUGUCAAAAGAUUUUAUCAACCUGUCCAUGAUCUGGCAUUUUGUUGCACACUUCAUUCCAGAGGGAAGUACUUGGAUGUAAGGUAAUGUUACGGUUGUGAAUGCCAACUAGGUACAUCUAGCGGAUGUUUGUGCGCUACAGGUAUCGACAGAACUUCAGGUCCAAUCUGGGCAACUUUUUAAUGAGCAUGCAUCAUAAAAUACACAUUUGAUAUUUUUCUGUUACUUUAUGGGUAAGGAAUAAUUACACAAAUGUUUUUGCACCUCAUACAUGUUCACUAGCAAUAAUACUUGCAGAUGAAAAUGCCAUUUGGAGUAUAAAGUUGACUUUUAUUGAGGCCAUUUUUAUUUUGCCUGAAAAGUAAAAAAAAAAUACUUAAAAAAAGACUAUAUUUAGCAAUAAGAGCAGUAUACUAGACUUGAUAAUUAAUAAAAAUACAUCAUUAUCAACAUUUAUUAAGAUCUAUUUAUAAUAGAUCCUUUAGGGUACUGAAUUUUGUAAUGUCAUCUGAUGAUGAAAACCCUUAUCUCUCACAAUUUUGACAAAUGAUACUGAAUCAAUGCAACAAAAUAUGGAAUACUAAAUUGUGUUUGACUGUACAGUGUAAUAAAUUAAAGAUGGCUGAAAGAAUAGUUGUUUUAUACAUUUAUGACAAUGAAAUGCAAACAAUGAUCAUUAAAUUACAUGUGACAUGAAAAGUCAUGAUACAAAUUGUGUGUAAUGGUUACAGAAUAGUUGCACUUACCAUCAUUAUAAAGUUCAAAAGCCCAAAUUUACAGUUGAAGUACAUGUAAGUAAAAUUACAGUUGAUUUCAUUUCUAAUGUUCAAAUUCUCAUAUUUUUUAUAAAUAUAUUUUUUUGGACUUCACUCUGACCACAAGGCUACAGUAAAUCUAAAGUUUGAUUUUAGUAUUCUUAGCAUCACUCCAAGCUUGAAAUUAGAUAAUUUUACUUGUUUGAAUUUUCAUAUUCAAUGCAAAAUAUUAUUUAUUCAAAACUGCAUCACAGUUGGAUCAUAUAAGGGACUUACAGGCAUCCAAAAUGUGUCGUACUGUUUUAUCUAAUUUCUUGCUGGAAUGCUAGUUAAGUUUAUCAUGUGUGCUUCUAUCAUAUGUAUGUAAAGAAAAUCUUUUAAUUUACAUUUUGAUGGCUCAAAAUUUUUUCCUAUGUUGGGUAUGGAGGUAUUAUUUCAUUUUCAAAAUUAAGUGUUCUUUUCACUGAAUUAUUUUGGUGUACUACUGAUAGAUCAAGACAAAAUGUCAUAUAUAGUGGUAAAUUGGUAUUUGUCAUUUCAUUGUUGACAUUCUGUAUUCUGUUCACUGAUUUAUUGAAGUGAAUGACUAGUAGAUUAAGACUAAAUGUCAAAUAUAUAUUGUGUCAAGUUCCAAACUUAUUCAAAGAUUUCUAUGUGGGAAUAAAUUAUUUUAUGACAAAUGUCAA